AUGCAGAACCAUGAUCAGGAUGCACUUUUUGACGAAAAUAAAUACCAUUUUCCGCCCAAUACGCUGACAUCCAAGCAGUCCCAGCCGUGGCUUGAGGUAGCCCUAGUACGAGACGAGCAAGGCACUCCGGGAUUGCAGCCUAUAUCAUACGAUGAAUACAAGUACGCCGACGUUGCUGCUCCGGGAGGAAUGCGAGAUGGGACGGCGCCAUUUAGAACACAAGGAACAGCACACGCCGACGAAAUUACCUCGCAAGGGUUACAAGCCAUCCCUACGAUCGUAACAGAACGAUACUUGGCGCAAUCGCAAUCGCAACCGCAACCGCAGUUUCAACGGCCUGACCCAAACGCGAGUCACCACUACAGGCAAUCCGAAAACCUGAUGCAUGGUCCUCAACUAGCCUCGUCGACCGGCGCGGGUUCGUCAUGGGUAAAGGAUGAGCGUCGAAUUUUGGGUAAUGGUAAAGAGGUGAGGGUAAAGCGUUGGAUAUUAUGGGCUAUAGGUGGUGCCGUAGUGUUGCUACUUGGGAUCGGCGCGACUUUAGGCGGUAUUAUAGGAAGCCAGGCACAUUGGAGCGUCAGUUACGACGGAACGGGCUCGAAUAUAACUUCCAACGGUACAUCAUCCAGUCCUCCGAAGUCGACGCCAACACAAUCUAUCAAAGUCGGUUCCAGGUUAGCUGUGACCGGGUAUAGGACCGAUGCGGAUUACGGAAUUCGUCUUUUCUUCCAAGACGAAGAUGAUCAAAUACGAUUUACAGAUAAGGAGCACGCCACCGCGGGGUCUUAUUUGUUUGCCGACCCGGUGCCAAAUCUCGAGUUUUUCUAUGAGGAUAAAGAUGGUAUAAUUCGGGGCCAGAACUUCAAUUUCGAGUUUGGGAACGGAAAAUUUCCUCCCAAAGGUGACCCCGGAAGUAUCAAUACGUAUCCUCUACAGACGGCUGGAAAAGCUCAAAUACCAUGUUACUUUCCUUAUAUUGCUUCUCAAGACGCCAACAACGCUAUACGAUGGACUACAUUGCUAGGACAGAAUACUAGUGACCUCUCGGCCCCGUGGUGGGUUAAUGAUACGAAUUGGAACAUUAAAGCAUCUAAAGGGGGUGGCAUGGUUGUGCUUCCAGUCGCACAGACGUAUCAAAACGCCGGAGGCAUAAUCUACCGAAGUAAUGAGGGUAUGCUAUCACUCAAAAUCCGUGAUGGAUUAGAGUCUUCUAAUGACGGGGUGGCUUGGAGGAAAGGGGCUCUGUCGAAGAAGAUGCCAGCCGACACCUCUAUCGGCGCCUUUUCCGUUGGACGACCUUGCGACAACAAUAAUCAAGUUAAUACGUAUAUACUAUACAAGUUGACCUCAAACUUACGACCUGGAAAUAUAGGCAUAUCCAGAGAACAGGAUAUGAACCGGUGCUUUUUCCAAGUCGGCGGCGGGGUGGUUAAAGAAGUAUGGUUUAACGGCACCAACUGGGUUUCAGUGGGAAUCGUGCCGAUUACGUAG